AUGAACUCGGCGACUUCUCGAGUUUUAUUCUUUCACGGUCUCGAAUCAGGAGUCAAUGGAAAAAAAUCUCGAUACCUAGCUGAACAAUUUCCUAAUAGUUAUACUCCUAAUCUCAAGCCUUAUUAUGCACUUCCAUGUUCUCUCUGGAAAGCAAUUGUGGCUAUUCAUCGUUUUAAACCGAAUGUGAUCGUUGGCAGCAGUUUCGGUGGAUUUAUAGCCAUGUUUCUCCUUCAAACAAGAGUGUGGAAGGGCGAUACGAUUCUAUUAGCACCGGCAACAGGUCUCCUGUUCAAGAAAAGACUAUGGUUACCUGCAGGCGAACAAAACAAUAUUGUCAUUGUAGCCGGAGCAAAUGAUACAACUGUACCAUUGGAUGGAUUAAGUAAAUUACAAAACUUAUCGUUAAAGACGAACAUCAAUUGA